GGGAGAGUGUGUGUGAGUGAGUGUAUGUGUGUGAGGAACAGCCUCUGGAUAUAACCAUGGUGGUGAGGUGGCUGCUGAAGACGUCCCACUAAAAAAACCACAAACGAACUGAAAAUGAGAGCGUGAAGCUCUGGCUACCACGAAGGCCACUGCUGCAGGCUGGACAGCGCAGCCACAUGAUCACAUGACUCUGGACAUGGACGCGGUCCUGUCAGACUUUGUUCGGUCCACAGGGGCAGAACCUGGUCUGGCACGUGACCUGCUGGAGGGUAAAAACUGGGACUUGAGUGCUGCUCUGAGUGAUUAUGAGCAGCUGCGGCAGGUCCACACUGCCAACCUGCCUCAGGUAUUUAAUGAGGGCCGUUACUACAAGCAGCCAGAGCGCAGUGGAACCCCCCAGCACCUCAACAAGCUGGAGCAAUGCCUGCAGAGGCAAGAGGAGAACACUCAGGAGAAGCGUCUCUCUCGGGGCAUCUCACACGCCAGCUCUGCCAUCAUGUCCCUGGCGAGGAUGCACGUGACGGGCGAGUGCACCAGGGAGCAGUUGCCUCUCGAGAUGCCCAUCUACACCUUCCAACUACCUGACCUGAGUGUAUACAGUGAGGAUUUCCGCAACUUCAUCGAGCGCGACCUCAUUGAGCAAUCCACCAUGGUGGCACUGGAGCAGGCAGGCCGUCUGAACUGGUGGUCCACUAUAUGUACGAGCUGUAAGAAGCUCCUGCCAUUAGCAACUACUGGGGAUGGCAACUGCCUACUGCAUGCCGCUUCCUUAGGAAUGUGGGGCUUCCACGACCGCGAUCUGGUGCUGAGGAAGAGUCUGUAUGCUAUGAUGAAAAGCGGGGCAGAGAGAGAGGCUCUGAAGAGGAGGUGGAGAUGGCAGCAGACACAGCAAAACAAAGAGUCAGGGUUGGUGUAUACAGAGGAAGAGUGGGAGAGAGAGUGGAAUGAACUGCUGAAGUUGGCCUCCAGUGAGCCUCGUACACACAUCAGCAAAAAUGGCAACACCAGUGGAGGUGUGGAUAAUUCAGAGGACCCUGUCUAUGAGAGUCUGGAGGAGUUCCACGUGUUUGUGUUGGCUCAUGUGCUGAGGAGGCCCAUCGUGGUGGUGGCUGACACUAUGCUCCGAGACUCUGGGGGAGAAGCUUUUGCACCAAUCCCCUUUGGAGGCCUCUACCUGCCCCUGGAGGUGCCACCCAACCGAUGCCACUGCUCUCCACUGGUGCUGGCAUAUGACCAGGCUCACUUCUCUGCACUGGUCUCUAUGGAGCAGAGAGACCAGCAGAGAGAGCAAGCCGUCAUCCCUCUGACAGACUCCGAGCACAAGCUUUUAGCCCUGCACUUUGCGGUGGACCCGGGCAGAGACUGGGAGUGGGGGAGGGACGACAACGACAAUGCCAAACUGGCCAAUCUUAUCCUCUCACUGGAAGCAAAGCUAAACCUCCUACACAGUUAUAUGAAUGUAACAUGGAUUCGAAUACCAUCAGAGACACGAGCUCCACUUGCUCAACCCGAGUCACCCACCGCAUCAGCAGGUGAAGAUGUGCAGUCUCUGGCCGAAUCUAUGGACUCGGACCGUGAGUCUGUCUGCAGCAAUUCCAACCUCAACAAUGGCAAGAGUAGCAAAGAGAAAGACAAAGACAAGCAGCACAAGGAGAAAGACAAAGCUCGUGCUGACUCAGUAGCCAACAAGCUGGGCAGCUUCAGCAAGACUCUAGGCAUCAAGCUGAAGAAGAACAUGGGUGGCCUGGGUGGUCUGGUACAUGGCAAAAUCAGCAGGUCCACCAUAACGAAUGGCCGUGCUGUGGAGAGCAGUGAACAGAAGCCAAAGAAGAAGGACUCCAAAACACGCAAAGGGAGCAAAGAGGAGUCGGGCCAAUCUACCAGCACGUCAUCCUCUGAGAAAGCAACCAGCCCAUCUCCUACUGACAGAGUUUCAGGUAACUCCUCUGGAGAAAGGCAGGCCAGUUCAGGCAAAAACCCAGAUGAGCGGACUCUGGACAACUGGAAGUACAGCACAGAUGUCAAGCUGAGCCUGAACAUCCUUCGUGCAGCCAUGCAGGGCGAGCGUAAGUUCAUCUUUGCCGGUCUAUUGCUGACCAGCCACCGGCAUCAAUUCCAUGAAGAGAUGAUCAGCUACUACUUGAGCAGUGCACAGGAGCGCUUCAGCACUGAACAGGAACAAAAGAGGAAGGCUGAGGCUGAGAAAAAGCCCCAGACCAACGGCGCCCUCAAGAAGCCUGAACAGGAGAGCACAUUUCAGAGAGAGCGCUCGGACAGCUCUCCUCCCGAGAGUUGCUCACCUGUUCUGCAUCCCAGCCAUAUCCAUACACUAAAGGGCCAGGGGAGGAAUAGCCCUACCCUUGCUGCUUCCCCAAUUCCCAUCCCUAAUGCCAACCCAACUUCAGUCCCAUGCUCGUCCAUGUCACCCAUCCCCUUCUCCUCCCCCAGUCAAGGUGCUAAGAGACAGGAACCUAUCCCUGUGUCUGCCCACUAUAGCCAUACGCCACCUAUCCAGAGGCACAGCGUUAUCCACCUGAGAGAUAGCAACCCGCAGUCCUCCAGCUACCAGGAUGAGCCCUAUAAAAUUCCAGUGGGGACACUGAAGACCUGUGCCACGUAUCCGCAACAGAACCGCUCACUGUCCUCUCAGAGCUAUAGCCCAGCACGCAUGUCUGGGAUUCGCGCCGUCCAUGGCGGAGAUUCUAUGCCAUACAGCAUGGCCGGUGAGCACAAAUCCCACACCUACACCAAUGGCUUUAAUGCAAGCCAUAUCCGGGACAGUCUGGAGUUUGCUGACGAGGAGCUAACGCCCCACUCAUGGCUCAACCAUGACAAAUCCAAGCUCCGCAGUGGAACCUGCCCCAUGUACUGCUUUCAGCAGAAGCGCUGCAAGAGGGAGAACUGCUCCUUUUAUGGCAGGCCAGAGACAGAGAACUACUGCUCCUACUGCUACAGAGAGGAGCUAAAACGCAGGGAAAGGGAGGGCAAAGGACACCGGCCUGGAUAGCCUCGCUCAUACACACACAUGCAGUUCAACACUGAUGUGUGUGUGCGAUUAAAAGACAGCAGUGACAUCACCACCCUCUGCACUAUGCGAGUAAUAGACAAAUACUGGCAUACUGUUUUCUAAUCUAUUUAAGAAUGAUCUCCUUGUAAUCUUGUUACUUUUCUCUCAAUAGCAAAUUGACACUGCAGUUUACAGCUUUGGCCAGAGAUUGUGCUGUCAUUUUAUUUGUCAGUUUGUCUUUUGUCCAAAUUCACAUUCUUUUACUUGUUCUAGAGUAAAAGCUCAUGUCUGUGCAUUUUGCUCAGUCUGUAAUAUAAAAUUUCUAGUACUAGCUGAAAGAGAUGUAAAAGCAUAUGUCAGUCUCCUCUGAGCUCUCCAAAAGCUACUGGGUAACUCAUUUGAAUGCAAUACUUCAAUCAAUAUCUCAAUAGCAAGUAACAUCUUUCUGCUUUGGAAAUAAUUCAAAUGGGAGGAACAACCACUGAUAAACAUGGAAGUUUUUAAAAAGCAAUAAGUUUGGUAAUGAGUGCAGUCCCUCCCCUUUUUAUCUAUGCAUUCUUAAUGUCAGCCAUAGUGUAUUGUCUUUGUGCAGAAAUGAGUGUGAUUUUAUCUGCCUGGAUGUAAGAAGAUUGUACUGAAAUUUCAUUUGUGGCAAAUCAAAGUGUGCUGCAUGCUAUGUAACAUGCUUUUGAUUGUGCAGCACAUGACUGGACCUUGUGUACAUCGGUUUGCAUUCCAUUUAAACUCUCCUCGGUACCAUCAGAUGCAGUACAGUGCCAUUUAUUCCUAUCUGUGUUUUGCAAUAUAUCACAUUCUUGGUAGCAAAUGGCUUCUGUAAAAUAAACUACUACUACUCGUGACAAAUUUAUACAAUGCAAGAGUAACAAUAUAAUGGAAUACAAACCUUUAUACACCUUUAUAGUGUAGUGAACUAAAAGUGAAAGCAAAUGGAACUCUGUGAUGUUUGUCAAUGUUGGUUCCACCCUGGUGUUUUGUAGGUAUAGUGCCUGUUGCUCAUCAUUUGUUCUGUAACCCACAAGCACACACAUGCCAGUCUAUCAGCAGACCCACCUGCAUUUGCCCUAAAAAAAUCUGUGCCAAAAACAUUCUCCUAUAUUUGAAAUUCUCAGGUAUUAUGUUAAAUGUGUAUAUUACUAUAAUCCCCAAAUUGAAUCACUAAAUUCAAAAUUGAACAUCACUUUUAGCAUAUUAUAACAAAGUUGGAUUUAAAAUAACAAUUAACAAGUAGGAGUGGCUUGUGACCAUAGGUUUUGGUGGGGCAGGACAACAUUAAUAACAACAUAGCCUCAAACAAAAUUAAAUCACACUUGACUACAAGCUACUAUCUAGUGAUAUUUUUUUUUUUUUGGAUUAACCCCAUAAUGGGCAAACGAGAGUCAACAAGACGUGAAUGAACUUGAACAAACUAAGUAUGGUUAUGAUGGUUUCUGUUUGCUGAUAAUUGCUCUCCAAAGACACAUUAACAACUUAGCUAGAUAUGUAGAUAGCUAGAUUAAACUUGCUAAUCAAAUCAUUUCUAAUCAGGGAAAGGACUGAAAACUAUGGACUAAAAGAUGGCAGUGUUCAUUUUGAAAACUUAUGUUUAAAUUAAUUUUUUUUAAAGAAAUUCAGCUCAGUUUGAUACAGCAGGUGUAGUUCCUGUUGCCAUUGUCACAGUGUGAGACAAACACAGAAGGAGUAAUAUCAUUAACUGUCCUGUCUGCUGCUCCUCCCCCACUCAUAAACAAUGUAUUCAUAGAGUAAGCAUGGGGCAGAGUGAUUGCUGCCCCAAUGGGUGUCAGUUUGCGCUUGUUGUAGUUACCUUUUUUGACCACUAUGUGCAAUAAUAACUCUUUGGAGCUAAAUGGGGCACUGAGCACACUGCUCAAAGAUUGCAACACAUCUAGAAAGGUGAGCAAAUUAAUGGAACAUGAGCCUAUAUCUGUCAAAAGCAUCAUUUUUUAAAUUGUUGGUCACUCAAAAGAGGUCAUUAUUAUUGCAAGAUUAACAUCCGUUGCAAAAGAUAUAUUUGACUUGGCUCUGCCCCACCUGCCUCUAUGGAUGAGCCGCCACCGUUAACAAGACAUAAUUAACAGCAGCAAUGGUGUUAUGUAUGUUAUACAUUAUGGCAGAUAGCCACAUCAUAGCAGGCGUCUUGUAACUCUAAAACUUGCUUUGUGUACUAGGACGGCCUUGAUUCCUCUGCCAUUCAAAGCACCAGAAGGCCUGACCGUAUCAUUAUUGCUAACCCCUGUGUGACCAUGGGUAAAGCUAAGUCUUCUCUUAGUGCUUCUCUUCUUCAGGCGAGUGACGAAUGUGAGAGCAUUACUCACUGCUUUGUGGUGUGUGUUGUAAUAUUGAAUAACCCUGCACAGUCUAACGCUCAGUGUGUCUGUCUCUCCUGGAUCGUGUGUUCUGCCCACUGAGUUUUCUUGCUCCUUCCUUCUUAGUGCCCUCCGCUUCCUAAUUUCUGUGUGACAGAAUCAUGGACUUUCACUGUCUUAGAAUUGUAAAAUAUGAUUUUAUAUUCAUUUGACAGUUUUACAUUAAAUUAUUAAUUUGCACAUUAGGUACUGAUGUAAAUAGUAGGAGGAAACAGGAAAAGAACAAAACAAGAUUAGUUUGUUGUUAACACUGUUGUCUGUGCCUUCUCUUUGUUAUAUGAAAGUAUGGCAGAGUGUGUGGGUGUUUAUGUGUAUGUUUUUCUGUGUGUAUGUGCGUGUCAUUAUCCUCAGUGUCCUGUAAUUUGAGCUAUGACAAGCUGUGGUUUCAGUCAAUAUAAGAGCCAAGAUUAGACUGUCUGCUUGCUCACAUAAUUGAUCACAUGGAGUGAAAAUAGACCGUAGACAGCAGUAUACACCCAAUGCAUUUUGACCCAUAAUCCUGCAGUAUUUCAGUUCAAGCCUGACAGCUACAGAUAGAAAAUUACACUCAGCAGCUGUCUUACAGGUCACCUGUCUCACAACUGCCCUGUGGCUCAGCAGCUGACAAUAAACUCUUUUCUCCAUGUCACGUUGUGCACAUAAACCCACAUUCCAUACAUGCAUAUGGAAAACAUGGAUGGAUUGGAAUUUAAGACCCGAAGCUAAAUUAUACCGUAUAGUAUAGUAUCUUUGUUCUGAAAUGCACCCUUGCUUUUGCAUGAGGGCCUUCAUUUGGAAACUCGGGUUUUAUUACUUGUUUCGCAUGCUAAUAUGCUAACUCAGAAUUUAGUAGAAGAACCAGAAUAACAGGAGCUUAAUGCACUCACAUUACCAAACACAAAAGUUUGUUUGCGUGCAAAGAUAUUUAGUGUCUUUAAAUAACAUUGUGUUUUACCAUGUUUAAAAAAACAGUACACACAUAAGUAUGCACAGACAGAAACAUCAGUCAUUGUCUGUGGUUUCAUGGCAUGCUGCUAUUAUACUCUGUAAGGCAGCAGUCCAAUGUUUUAACAGCAUUUUAUCUCAUGGUUCAAGAGAGACAGCGAAUUACUCAAUCAUCAUUAUCAUAAUCGGCUUAACACUGAGCGACCUCACCAUCACCUCUUACUCAUUAAGGGUUUUGUAAGGGCUUUAAGUGGUCUGUCUUAUCCAUACAACCACUAAUAUAGACACAACACAGGUUUCCAUAGCAGGGAAGACACUUAUGAUAUAAUGCAUUACUGAUAGUGGGAGGCUACCUUGAGUAUGUGCUUGAUAGAGUGCUUAUGACAUGUUAGCACAAAAGACUUGAUUGUACAUACCCACUAUUUGAAACGAACAGAUAAUGUGUUCUAAACUAAUACAAAUACAGAUAUGAAUAGGUGGCGCGCUAUAUUCGCAUCUGGUUGUGACUAGCGCUGUGCAUCCUGUGGGACACAACAAAAAAAUUGCGCAAGAGGGAGUUUUUAUUUUCAUGUUGAUAAGGGGUCAGAUAUGAAACUUGUGGGCAUGAUCAAGCAGUGAGAUAUGAAGCUUUCAGGACAAAGAAAGACUACAUUCACUAACAUGAAGUAUGCAUUUACAGCAAUGUAUUUACAGUGUUCAUUCAUUCAUCCUUAGUAACUGCCUGAUCAAGGUCAUAAUGUUUUAAAAUUGGCUGCUGGUUUGUUUAUAUUUUGGGAACCCAACAAAAUUUGGUAGAAAAUAUCAUGGACAGGAACAAACAUAAAGAAAAACUGCACAAGUGGGAUUUAAAAAAAAAAAUUACCCAAAAAAAAAAGAAGUAAACAAAACUCCUUCUGGGGUAGGUGUCACCUACUUCGGGUUUAAAUCUGACUACAGAUACAGUUACAAAAGUUUUGUACACUAACCAGAUACAGAUAAUGGCAUUGCAUUACACACCUAAUAUAUACUGUACUUACAAAGACUAGAUAUUUUCAAGUUAGUGCUAACGCAUUAGCUAGUUUUUUUAAUGUUAGAAUUGUGACCCUUAUGGAAAAUUCCCAAUAGUAUACUUAGUGGACAUUUUCAUGUGGAAUCCAAUGCCAAAUUGACACAUUUGAAGAUUCAAUUAGUGCCAUAUUUUGAACUCACAUUCCAUUUGGAGUUUCAUGGGCUACCCAUUAGAAUGUGGUUCAUGCUGGAUUUUUUAAUGGGUUACCAUUUGCGAUGUGAAUCUCACAUGCCUUUUUAAGUUCAGGUUUCAAUUGGUGUUUAUGGGAAUUUCAUAGCAUCCUAAAGGUAUUAUGGAAAUUUUAUGAUGGUGCGCUUCAUGUGACAUUUUGGUUUUAGGUAAUUUUCAAAGUUGUGGGAAUGGGAGUAUCAUUAAUUUUCAUGGCACCUCAUACUUCCCACCUCAUGUGGAUCCUAUAAGUUUACAUGGAGUUCCCAUGGUGACCCAUUGAUUGCAGUGGGAAUUUUCCUAAUGGGAAUGUACAGUACAGCAGUGACAACAAGUCGUCAGCAAUACAGAGUCACCUUUAAUAGUGCAGAUUGAAAUUUUUAAAACAUGCUUGUAAGCCUGUAAUAAAAUCUGGAGUAUAAUUAAAGAGACAUUAGCAAAACUGCAUUUCGAAAAUUUUAUGGCUCAGAAAUUGCCUUUAUUCACAACUUAAGAAGAGCUACUCAGCUCUGUUCUAUUUCCUUAAAAUAACCCCUGAAGCAUAUGUAGUUUUAACAGUUGGGGUGGGGCCAGUGUUUUCACUGCAAUUACAGUUUGCCUUGCAUGUAGCAGAGGCUCUAGAGUUCAUAUGGAGCUUUCCUCCAAACAUCUGCCUGCUAUAUGCUUUGGCUCAUGGCAAUAGCAGUGCAAAUUUUGUUUGACAUUAGCCCAGGACUAAGUUCAUACAAAAUGUGAAUUGAAUGUGAAUGAAAGAAAAUCAGGGAAGGAUAAGGUCAUCAUUUGCAUGUCAUAAGACCUUUUGUGUUCAUGAGAGUGUGUUUGUCUGCUUGGGUACAGUAGCUUGUGUUAUAUGAGUGAGUAUGUCUCUAGUGCAUUGUUAGAGAAAGAGACAGAGAGUGGGAGACAGUCUGGGGGAGGCAUGCUACCAUGUGUGCAUAGUGUGAACGUUACUGCAGGAUCUCGUGACUGGGCUGUGGCUUUAAUGAGCUGUGCUGGUUUGUGCACUGCACAGAUUGAGCUCCAUUGUACACAACUCAUACCACACUGAGCUGGGUCAGGGGGAUUGAGUCAGGUCACGCUUUCCACUACAAAAAACAAAAGUCUCUGUUCAGUGAGGGACUGGUGCUUUUAUGACACACUGUUUUCACACAGGCUUAAUUUAAAGCUUGUUUAUGGGUAAGAGACAUGUCAGAUUACAAAUAUGUAAAAGUUGACUCAACACAACUUAAGUUGACACUCUAAGUUGAAAAGAACAUCUAACUUUUGAAUCAGCAUUGUUGGUUAAACUGUGAGAGAUCAAAUGAGAUCUGCAAAAACAGGCUGUGUGUGUGAACCUGCUGACACUGAAGAGGCCACGUGGAAGAUGAGAGAGGAGCCACAGUGGAAACAGCUAAACACUUUCUGCUGGUGUGUGUGUGUGUGUGUGUGUUUGGCGGGGGGGUGUUUGUGUGUGAGGGAAAGAGGAAGGAUGGAGGGAGGGAGUUUUCAUGCAUACCCUCCCUUUGUAUUUUUCAUAAUUUAUGGUAGACAGAGACACUAGCAGCAGACACAACAUACAUAACACACAGUUAAUAGGAAUGACAAUGAAGCACAGUGCGAGAUCUCUGUUGCCACUUGUACAGGAAUAAUUUCCCUAUGAGUGCUUAUCAAAAACACUAAUUAUCAUCUUUGCUUUCAUGUCAGUUGCAGGCACAUCUGUCUCUGCUCUCACGUAACAAGACAAAAAGAGGAAUUUAAAUACCUCUGAUAAAUAUUGAUGCUUAUCUGGCGCCCAGCUCUUCUUUAAAGCUUACAGAAUGAAACAUGAGGCUUUGGUGUAAUUUCAAAUGGAAUUCAGUGCAGCAUGUUUCAACAUACAGCUUCUUACUUUUGCUUUCUUACUGGGUUUUGGAAAGCUUUUGAAAGUUUGCUGUAAAAUUGUGAUCUGGUCUUAGAGAAGUUUUGAAAAUCAGUUAAUUGUAAGAUAUUUUAAAGUUACUGGUUAAUUGUUGGGAUGUGGACCUACAGGGUGAGCAAGCAAGCAAAAAGAAAGAAAGAAAAAGAAAGAAAGAAAGAAAGAAAUGGAAUGAGAAAUGUUAAUGAGGCUUUUUGAUUUUGAUAAAGACUUCUUUCUUGCUCUCUUGUCAUUUCCAGUAUAAGUGACAGCGUGUGUGUGUGUGUGUGUGUGCCAAUGCCAGCCGGUGUCGCCCCCACACAGAUAGAGAGAAAGAGAGAGAGAGGAAGCCCAGAGAGGUCACACUACAGCAACACCCACUGCAGGACGCCCACACACAGUCUGAACUCAAAGUCUGUCUGCCUGGUUGCCUCUCAGAGCUCUGGGCACCACCAUCCUACCACCACCCACUCUACCUCUCUCUAUUGCUCUCUCUCACUCUCUCACACACAAAUACAUACACACACACAUGCACCACCACACAUUCAGACUGCCCACUCUUUCCUCUUUAUUUCAUCUCACAGGCUAUAAAUUCAGCAGUACUGACAUAGGCCUCUCUUAGCCAUGACACCAGAUAUGCCUGACACCCUUAAAAGGUAAAAGAAACAUUUAUAUAUCUAUUUGUAAUUCAUCUUGUGCUAACUAACUGCAAUUCAUCAGUUCAUACCAUAUAACAGGCAGUGGUACAAUAUAAAGGAUUAAAGCAGGAAAAUCGUCCUUAUCUCCUUACCCUAAAAACAUGCACACACAUACAUACACCCCUCCACCCACUUAGUCGUGCUCAGUAGAGGAACACUGUGUUCUCUUGGUUUGUAAAACUGUCCUCACAUGGCCCCUCCCGGUGCUGUGUACUCAUUCACUGUGGAGGAGAGAUUGUAGAGCGUGAGAGUUCACAGUUUGGGUUCUGAUAUAAUCAACAGUCUGCUGUUUUUUGCUGCAAUUUUACAGCCUAUGAAGCACAAGAUCAAACAAUACUAUUAAUAAGGGAGUAUUUUAUUUUACAGCAGAGUAACUACCUAGUACUUAUUAGUAUGGGUGUAUUACUUUAUGAAGUAAUAUAUAUUACUUUAUAAAGUAAUUGAUAUGAAGUAACAGUGAAUUCAGAAAAACACAGACUGUUCUAAAUAAGUAUUGCAUUGUGCAACAAAGUACUGCAGUACAAACCAUGUAGUUUUCUCAAGUUACUAAGUAUGAAUUAGUUGUAAUUACCACACACUUAGCUAUUAAAUCCUAGAUACUUCAUGUAAAUUUGAGGAGUAUGGAAUUGUCCCUAGUAACAUUUUUAGAAAUAUACAAACUGUCAAUUUAAUCAGCUGCAGAAUGGGUUUUAUGAAAGGGGAAUAUGAAAGGGGCAAGGCAUAACACUCAACAGGGCGGCUAUAAAAUGUAAGUCCAACCCAUUGAUAAAAAAAAGCCAAUAGCAUUGUUAGUAAAGAAUAACAAGAAAAAAAGCCAGGCCUAUAAAAUUCAUCAUAAUAGACACGUGUUUUUUUUUUUGCUCCAUGCCAAAGCAGCAGCCAAACUUCAUAACAAACCUGUCGAGUCAAUAUGAUGAGGCUAAUACAGAGAAGAUACAGUUUACUGCGAAUAAUAGAUGCAUGGAUAUGUCCAUUAGAGUAGCCAAGAUAGCCACCAAGUGAACAGAUCGAGUGCGAGAGUGAGAAAAAGCAGGACAAUGCAAGGUGAGGUAACUGUCUAACCAACUUAUCAUUAUGGGAAUUCUUUGUUGUGUAUGCAUCAUAGAUUGAAUGGCAGUGGUAGUUCAUCUAUAUAUCAGCAAAUUCAACAAAUGUUCAUUUUCAUCAAGACCUCAUUCACAACUCUAUACAUUUUAAAUUCACCUGAAAUACUAAUUACCUCUUUUGAGUGACCAAUGAUUUUAAAAUGUUGCUAUUAGCCAGAUAUAUAUGCUGAUGAUCCACUGAUUGCUCACCUUUCUAGAAGCUGAAGAAUUGUAGGGCAGCAUGCUCACUGCCCCAUUUAGCUCCAUAAAUUAAGCCGAGUGGUCAAAAAUGGGAACUGCAAUAAACACUAAUAUAGCCCCUUUGGGGCAGACAUCACGUUGCCCCAUGCUCACUGUAUGAACAGUUUCAGUGUUCAGUGGAGAAGGAAGCAGCACUAGCCAAAUUGGGAUAGUUUAAAAAUAUUUAGAGGCUGGCUGCCAAAAUCUUGCAUUACAGCAAAUAACAGGAAUUAAUUUGAAUAAAUCUUUAAUAAGUCUAAGUGCAGACUUGUAUGUCUAAUACAGCUCAAAACAACCUCUAGACUGUAUGUAGUUGACUCUCAACUGCCUAUUAUGGGGUUUCUUUAAAAAUUUACUACAUAUCACCUAUAGCAUAAGUCUAGUGUGAUAGCCUCUCGACUUAAUUUUGUUUGAGGCUAUUAUUAGGGGGCCAAGCACAAAGGUGCAUAGGCACCCUAUUGUUAUUCUACCUUUUCUUAUUAUAAUUCUUCUGCAUCUUCUUCUUCUGACUAGGUUGUCCAUGGCAGCCCAUAGAACCAUCUGGUAAAAAGUUGUGAAAUUUGGCAUACUGAUUGGGGAGGGUCUAAGGAACAUUCUGACCAAAUUUGGGCCAAGUGCUGCCAACGCUCUAGCACCACCAUCGGGUCAAAUUUGGGCCUAAUUUGGAAGUAUGUUUAUGUUCAUAACUUUUGAACCAUGUAUCCAAAAUUUGAAAGGCAUCCCUGGAUUCCCUGGGUCGAGACGAGUUCAAUGCAUUCUAUGACAUUAGUUUCUGCCUAAUUAGAUUUUUCAGUACUCUCCCUACAAAUUUUGUCUAAUUAUCACCAAAUUUGGCACAUGUCAUCUUCAGAGUAAGCCUCUCAAAAAUUAUCAAAAGAAUUUUGAUACUCCAAAUGGUUUGCACAUGAUGGGCCAGAGAAUCUGACAGUGAAGCCACUAAACAGGAUUUGAGGCUGUAUGUCAGCAACGACUUUGCACACUGACACAAAAUUUGGUAAGCGUGGUCAGGACCAUGACCUGAGGCUAUAAAACAAAUUUUGUAACAACGCCACCUACUGGUCGAAAGUUACACAACAUGCUAAAAAUGCUUCCGUCUAAGUGCCAUUUUUGCUACUCCUCUUCCAAAUUUUGUUCAAUCUUCACCACAUUUGGCUCACUUGGGUACAUUCAGGACAUGGUCACAUUCAGGUGACCAUGUCCUGAAUGUACCCAAGAAGUUUUGUGACUGCGUCACCUUGUGGUCAAGAACUGUAACAACUUUCAGGAUGAUAGGCUGUAUUUCGGUAAACAUUUGCAUAUUGUCAUGAGACCUGAUCUUCCACACCGUGCCCUAAUGUACCCAAAAAGUUUAAUGACUAUGCCACAAUUUUUGACACAAUUCCAUAAUUUUCCUAAUUUAAUUUUAAGAACUUCUACAUUCUACAUUCCUAGUUCUACAUUCCUAUGAUUCCCUAAGGUAAGCUGAAGUGAAUAGCAGCUGAAUUUCAAGAGUACUUCCUGUUUGCCAAUUUGAAAUUCAUUGAAACCUGUUUCAUGUCUUACAAAAGUUAUCAAAUGAUUUUAUACAGUUUUCCAUAUUUUAUAUACUUGAAUCCCUUCUCCUAAAGUUGUGGCUCUUUUUUACUGUGAUUGCUUAGGCAAUGACUGUGGCACGUCUGUGAAUGUGCGGCUCACCGAGUCUGGGUGCUUGGCCCCUGAAAAUGCUGCUUGCAGCUUUAAUUGUUAUUACUGUUGUCCUGCCCUAUCAAAAUCUAGGGUCACAAGGUAUUGCUGUUGAAUGGUGAAAUGGUCAUAACAUCCCAUCACAAAGAUAUUGUACAGUCAUUUGCCCUUCCAAAGUUAAAAAUAUAAGCAAGUAAAAUAAAGAACUCAAACCUAUGAAUAGACCAGGGUAAAGUAUGUUUUAAUCAGGAUUUAAAAACAACUAUAAAAUAUGAAUUGUAUUCAUAAUAUUUUGCCCUAAAACUUUGGAACACUACUACAGAGUUUAGGGGCAAGAAAAAAAAAAAAGAAAAGAAAAACAUCCUCCUCCAGGUGAGCUCCACAAGAUCUUCAAGACUAACAGCACAUCUGCCUCAGCUGAGCAAAAUGCUUAGGGUGGACUAUACUGCUUUAGGAGUUCAGUAAGAUACUCCAGAGGUAAACUAAAAAACAAGAUUGUUUAAUAAAUGCAAAAAAAAGGCACUCAUUGUAGAUUAUCAUGAGUGCUGCAACACUCCGUAUAAAUCUAUGCUGGAAAUUAGCUCUAAUAAAAUGUUUUAAAAAAUGAGUUGCAAAUGAGGUACUCUAAAACACACCAUGGCUGUUGCUGCAAUUCACUUUUGUUUCAAAAAUUUCCAUCCUAAUUUCAUUAUAAAUAGAAAUAGCUGUUGAUCUCAAGCCAUUAUCUUGUCCAUUGA